ACUAGAUUGGGUGAAUCAGAGGGCGGCUCUCUGGCAGAUCGAGAGGCCCGCGUAUACUUCGGUACCUUCCCGUUCCACCGACCAAUAGCACCUAGACAGCCAUCCUGAGACGUCCCUGCGAGCCGUCACUAGGUACAAGGCUUGUUCCCAAUACAUCCGGAUAUUCGAUCUCUUCUGGCUCCACGCUCCUAAUCGCCAUGCGUGGUUUGAUAGUCUCGUUGAAAUGUCCGGGUACUAAAAGAUGACAAUAUACUUGAAUAGCUCAUCCAGCCUCUGAGUUCAGUAUCUUUUCCUUUUCACAUUCUCGACUGUACGAUUUUCUGGCUGAGAGGAACGCACUGCUGCGUGGCGAAGACGCGGAUCUCGUCCAGACACUCCGACUGCUGAAAUUUAAUCGAUUCUGAUAGAUCAUGGGCGAUAUCAUCCUUGGCAACCCUAGUCCGAUAGAGGAGGGCGAGAUCAAACAGAUCGAUAUAAAAGAGGCAGCCAUCUCAGUGCAGCCUGUUGUCACCCCUACUACCAUCACGCCUGCCCGCACGCCAGAAGAGAAACCAUUUGACGAUAUCGACGACAUGGCCGGGAAGAAGAUCUUCACACUUGAGAGGCCGGAUGACAGGGCUCGCGAGUUGGCCGCCAAGUUAACGUUGGAGGAACAGAUAUCCCUACUCGCGGGAGCAGACUUCUGGCGGACAAUGCCCAUUCCGGAUAAGGGUAUCCCAUCAAUCAAGACUACGGAUGGGCCAAAUGGUGCUCGAGGGGAAUUCUUCACAAAUGGCACACCUGCUGCACUGUUUCCUUGUGGUAUCUCAAUGGCUUCAACAUGGAACUUGGACCUAAUUGAGGAAAUUGGGCGACAUCUUGGUGAUGAGACGAAAGCUCGUGGCGCCAAUGUUCUCCUCGCUCCUACUGUCUGCAUGCAUCGCUCCCCUCUCGGUGGACGAAACUUCGAAUCGUAUUCUGAAGACCCAUUCCUUACUGGAAAGUUGGCUGCUUCUUAUAUCCGUGGGCUCCAGAGCAAAGGCAUUGCCGCAACGAUCAAGCACUUCCUCGGAAACGAGCAGGAGACUGAGCGCCAGGCCUACGAUGCGAUUAUUGCUGAGCGACCACUCAGGGAAAUCUACCUCAAGCCUUUCGAAAUUGCGGUUCGUGAUGCUUCGCCAUGGGCUCUUAUGUCCUCAUACAACAUGGUAAAUGGUGUCCACGCUGAUGAGUAUGAGCACUCACUCAAAGAAAUUUUACGAGGCGAGUGGGGCUGGGAUGGAGCUGUCAUUUCUGACUGGACUGGGACUUAUGCCACUGGUCCUUCAAUCCGAGCAGGCUGUGACAUCGAAAUGCCCGGACCCUCCAAAUGGCGAAAGCUUGAUCAAGUUCUGGAAUCUCUUGAAAAAGGAGAGAUUGUGCGUGACGACAUCGAGCGAGCAGCCGGCAAUGUUUUGUACCUCGUUGACCGCACGAAAGGCUUGAAUGGGCCUCCAGAGCCGCCGGAGCGCUCCAACAACAACUCCGAAACUAGCAACCUAAUUCUCCAGGCCGGAAUUGAAGGGCUUACGCUACUAAAGAACGAGAACAACGUCCUGCCGAUUCGUGACGUGAAGAAAAUUGCAUUGAUUGGGCCGAAUGUUAAACGAGCGAUUGCUGGAGGUGGAGGAAGUGCUGGACUUAACCCGUACUACACCACCACGCCAUGGGAUGGCAUUCGUUCUCGAUUUGAUGGAGAAAUCACCUUCGCUCAGGGAUGCGAUAGCGCAAAGUGGUUACCGCUUGCUUCUCCUUACUGCACAGCACCGGAUGGUCAGCAAGGCGUGCGGUUAGAGUACUACUGUGGAGAUAGGUUCAAAGGCGAGCCAGCUGUGGUUCAGCACAAAGUUGGCACAGAUCUCUGGCUAUGGGACUCCGCACCAAAAGAAGUGCUUCCGGAUUUUUCAUUCAAGGUCAAGAGCACCAUUACCCCGAAGUCGAGUGGGAACCACAUGUUCAGCUUCGCAUCCGUUGGACCUGGCAGACUUUUCUUAAACGGAGAGCUCUUCAUUGACAUAUGGGACUGGACUGAAGAGGGCGAGGCUAUGUUCUCCGCUUCCGAGGAUGUUCUGAAGUCGAUCUACCUUGAGGAGGGAAAGCCUGUGGAACUUCUGGUUGAGAGCACCAGUGAAGUCCGGCCGGCAUCGAAAGUCUCAGUUCUCGGCCGUCGGUAUGACUACGGUGGCUGCCGGAUUGGUUAUCAAGAAGAAGACCAGGUUGAUAGGCUGCAAGAAGCUGCCAACGCAGCAAGGGAGGCUGACGUUGCUGUUCUGGUAGUGGGUCUCGAUGCGGAGUGGGAGUCAGAAGGGUACGACAGGCAAACUAUGGACCUGCCUAAAAAUGGUUCCCAAGACCGCCUAAUCGAAACCGUACUUGCUGCCAAUUCUCGCACCGUGGUUGUUAACCAGUCUGGUACACCGGUCACCAUGCCCUGGGUAGAUCAAGCGCCUGCCAUUCUGCAAGCGUGGUACCAAGGCCAAGAAGCCGGCAACGCUCUGGCGGACGUACUCUUUGGCAACCAGAGUCCUAGUGGGAAACUCCCCACAACCUUUCCGAAGAGACUUGAAGAUAACCCGGCAUACCACAACUGGCCGGGCGAGAACCUGAAGACGGUGUACGGAGAAGGAAUCUACGUCGGUUAUCGACACUAUGAGCGCUCCAAGAUUGCACCUCUCUUCCCUUUCGGGCAUGGCCUCACCUACACAACUUUCCAAUAUGGCAGCCCAACAAUCACUAGCACCGUCCUCACAGAGUCAUCGGACAUUACGAUCACAGUGCCAGUUACAAAUACAGGUUCAGUCACUGCCCACGAGAUCGUGCAAGCUUAUGUUAAGGACAUCAAGUCAACGCUUCCACGACCUAAGAAAGAGUUGCAGGCAUUUGGGAAGGUGUUCCUACAACCUGGAGAGACUAAGGCGGUAGAUUUGAAGUUGAAUAAGUACUCUGUAGGGUACUAUGAUACGAGCCUGGGGCAAACAGGGGCCUGGAUUGCAGAGGAGGGUGUUUUCGACGUGCUGAUCGGUUCUUCGAGCGCGGAUAUCAGGUCGAAAGUCAGUUUUGAGGUUAAGGAGUCUUUCCAGUGGAUCUUCUAAGCAUGCACGCUCUAUAAAGUGAGACAUACAGGACCGCAGCCGUUUCCAGUAUCUGAAUCUCGGGAUUUCUUUGGUUGCGGGCGUGCGGAGUCCAGGAGUUUCCGAGUAUGAAAGGUUGUCGUAAUCCGCUCCCUGGGCUUAGAGUGCAUGUUUGUCUGCCUCGGCAGCAUGCCGGCAGGGUAAUUUUUCGU